AUGCCCUCGACAAUCGCAAGGAAAUCCGCAGCCCUAUCCCUUCUGUGUUUCGCUAUCAAAGGGGCAGAUCAAAUGUACAGUUGCCUUAAUACUUGCAAAAAAGAACAGCUACUGAUGUGUCUUCCACUUUGGAUAAUCCCGCAAUCCGUCUAUUUGAUCUGCGUUCUUCAGUACACUGGAAUGUUGCUUUUGAUUAAGGACCGCUUUGAGGCAUUGAACCGGACGCUUCUGCAAAUCGACUCAAUGACAUCGACCCAUUGCAACUCAUUCGGCAUCAGCGGUGGAGAAAACCGCCCUUCCGAUGCCAAUCACCAUCCUCAGCGCUUUGGAAUGUUAGCCUCGCGGAAAAUGUCAUCGAAAGCCCGGCCCAGUCGAUGGACGCAUCAGAUGGAACGACACGGCGAGGAAUUCGUGGAACGGCUCAAUCACCUGAGACAAAUCUACCGGCUGGUUCUUCGAUUGCGAGCCGUAAUUGGACAGAUGAACCAUUCGUUUGGCAUGCAAAUUUUGAUUCUGGUCCAGAACCAUUUCGUAACGUUGAUACUGCAUGGCUAUGGCGCAUAUUCCACGAUUGUUGGCAUCAGCAAUGGAAUCGUCAAGUUCGAUACGUUGGAUAAACUUUUUAUGGCUCUGUGGAUAUUUUAUAUAUUCCUAGAAAAUUUCAUUCUUUGCUACACGAGUAGCGCGACUCUCAAUGAGGUCGACAAGAAUGCAUAUCUGCUGCACGAUGCAAUAUUCCACAACAACUGGCACUCAUCAUCCAGCUAUCAAAUGGAGGCCUCCUUCCGGUUGAAUGUGACUGAAUGGAAGCCACGCCUGGACAGCUGUGGCCUGUUCGACAUCAAUUUGGCGCUUUUUUACAAGAUAAUUGCCGCUGUGACAACGUACUUGAUAAUUUUAAUUCAAUUUGAUCAGCUCCAGUCGAAGGUUCAGUGAGAUUCAAGAGUGCAGCGAAGUGGCAAAUUAAUGACCGGAACCGUAGCCAUAAAGAAUACAUUGGACACUUUUAUGUGGAUUUAAAAAGGAAUUUAAUUGAAGUCAUCUGUAUUAAUUUUUUUAUCCGGCCCAGCUAAGGCAAACAAUUGUGCGAACGAAAAUAAACUGAACAUACGUUUCAGCUC